AUGACUGAAGUCGACACCCAGGAGCCUUCCUCUCCCGCCCAGUCUGAUCCAGUGGCCAACGACGACACCUCCGACCAGUCGCCUGGUGAUGACUCCAACAUUGGAGACGUCAAAGUGGGCGACACUGCACAGGGAAAGAAAGUGCUCGCCAUACGUGUAACGGGCACUGUCAAGUGGUUCAACGUGAAAAAUGGCUAUGGCUUCAUUUCGCGCAACGACAAAGACGGCGAGGACGUGUUUGUUCACCAGUCGGCCAUCAAGCGCAACAACCCGACCAAAGCUGUGCGAAGUGUUGGCGAUGGCGAAGUAGUCGAGUUCGACAUUGUUGAAGGAGAAAAGGGCAACGAAGCGGCCAAUGUGACCGGCCCAGGAGGCACCAACGUCAAGGGCUCGCCCUUCGCCGCGGAAAGGGGCCGAUUCUACCCUGGCCGAUCGCGUGGCGGAUUCCGCGGACGUUUCCGCCCACGAGGUCCCCCUCGUGAUGGCAGUGUGCCCUAUGGCGGCGUGGCCGAAGGCGGACAGUUGGCCACCUCACCGCGUGGUGGUGGCUUUCGCGGCGGUCGAGGCCGCCCGUACAUGGCUCGACGGCGCUUCUACGGAGGGCCCGGUCGUCCGGUAGGUCAGCCCGGUAUGGUGGGCGGAGGAGGGCCCGUGGACGGACAGCAGCAGGUGGUGGCUGCUGACCCCGCUGGCGAUGGCUAUCAACAGCAAACGCAGGACAACUACGAGCAGCGCCAGCCACGCGGCAGACCCCGCCGAUACAUCCAGCGCUUCUUCCGCCGACGACCUCGCGGUCGACGCGGAGAGGGCGAAUCGGGUGAAGAGGGCGCCGAGGGAGAG